CCCCUCCUCUGGCUACGAGGGGCACAACCCCCGCGGGCCAGCGCUGCGCCUGCGCCCGGCCCCAUCCCCUCAGCGGGCGGGCCGGCGGCGCAGCGCCGCCCCCGCCGCGGGAGGCUGCCGGCCGCCAUGGAGAUUAAUGCUCCACGGUUUGCUUGGAAAGUCUGGCACAUGCUCGGGUAACUUCGAAGGUGUACAGUUUGGCUUCUUUUCAAAACAAAGCUGCUCUCCAUGCCUUCCAGAUGCUGGAUGGAAGCAAGGCAAAACACACCAGUGGCGCUGAACCUCUUCCACGGCAGUCCCAAAGCUACAGAACAGCCCGGCGCAAGCAAGACCCAGUUCUGAAGCAGGUGGUAGUGCUUGGACUCUCUGCUUAAGCUGCUUCCUCUCUUUGAAUUCAAACGCACAAACAAGAGAUGGUCAGCAGUCAGCCUCUUCCCAUAGCAGACAGUGGGAAAAGAAAAAAGAAAAAAAGAACCCGAGCCACAGAUCAUGUCCCUGGGAAAUUUGAAGAUUUGUACAAGCUGACUGCUGAGCUUCUUGGUGAGGGAGCAUAUGCAAAAGUUCAGGGUGCUGUCAGCCUCCAAACUGGGAAAGAAUAUGCAGUAAAAAUCAUUGAAAAAAAUGCUGGCCACAGUCGGAGUCGGGUUUUUCGUGAAAUAGAAACACUGUACCAGUGCCAGGGCAACAAGAACAUUUUGGAAUUAAUAGAAUUUUUUGAAGAUGACGCCAGAUACUACCUUGUCUUUGAGAAGCUGCGAGGAGGCUCAAUCCUGGCCCAUAUCCAAAAGCAGAAGCACUUCAAUGAACGAGAAGCUAGCAAAGUAGUGAGAGAUAUUGCCUCAGCUCUAGAUUUUCUUCAUACAAAAGGUAUUGCUCACAGGGAUCUGAAGCCUGAAAACAUCCUGUGUGAAUCUCCUGAAAAGAUAUCACCAGUAAAAAUAUGUGACUUUGAUCUUGGCAGUGGAGUGAAGCUGAAUAGUGCAUGUACUCCAAUCACUACUCCAGAAUUAACAACACCGUGUGGAUCAGCAGAAUACAUGGCACCCGAAGUGGUUGAAGUCUUCACAGAGGAGGCCACGUUCUAUGACAAGCGGUGUGAUCUUUGGAGCCUGGGAGUGAUUCUGUACAUCAUGCUCAGCGGUUACCCUCCUUUUGUGGGCAACUGUGGCACAGACUGUGGCUGGGACAGAGGAGAAGUCUGCAGAGUUUGCCAGAACAAGCUUUUUGAGAGCAUUCAGGAAGGCAAGUAUGAAUUUCCUGACAAGGACUGGUCACAUAUAUCCUCCGAGGCCAAAGAUCUCAUCUCAAAGUUGCUGGUUCGUGAUGCCAAAGAGCGACUUAGUGCUGCUCAAGUUCUGCAGCAUUCAUGGGUUCAAGGAGAGGCUCCUGAAAGGGGACUGCCUACCCCCCAAGUUCUUCAAAGGAACAGUAGCACAAAAGACCUGACACUUUUUGCUGCCGAGGCUAUAGCCCUUAACCGCCAGUUGUCUCAACAUGAGAACGAGCUCAGCGCAGAGCAGGAGAGCGUCGCCCAUGCUGUGUGCUCCAUGAAGCUUUCUCCUCCGUCCAAAUCCCGCCUCGCCAAGCGCAGAGCAAUGACGCACGCCACCAAAAACAGUGACUUUCAGCCAGUUCCGCAUAAAGCCUUUUAAACUUCUUUCCUGUUAUGGAUUGGCAAGAUCAGCCUGUUUUCUUACGUGGAUUUUUCGUACUGAUAAAAGCAUCUCUGCUUCUGACUCUGAUUAGAAGCUUGCUCUUGUGAUGUGCUUUGUAACUUUAAGGGGAUAGCUUUUUAUGGAGUGUUUUUGCCUGUCAGAUUUGGUGCAUUAAGAUAAUUUAACUGAUCUUUUUAAGCUAGAGAAGAUGGGUUUGCUGCUGUGUUAUCUGAGGUGAUAAAUCACAAACCUUUCAUAUUUUCUACUUAGAAGAACACGCUUUAAAUUUCAAAUUUGAAAACAUCAGGGGAAGAAAUACUUUCUUGCUUUGCCUGGCAGAGCAUAAAGUUUACAUAUCUAUGGCUGCACUCUUCGCUGGCAGAUAUUGCAAGGUGCUGCUGUUAGUGUCAGCAGCAGUGACUGUUUUCAACCAGCAGUGCCCUACUCUCUCUGUAGACUCAGGAAAUGAAGGUGACUGGAUGGAUUUCUGUCUCCAUGCCUUCACUGGACUUAAAUUUUAUGUGGAUGAUACUGCAAAGGGGCACGGGUCUCUUGAGCUUGCAGAGAUGAGGAGGCAUUUGUUGCUUUUCUUAUUUUGUUGGUAGUUUGUAUCAGCAUAUGGGACAAAUGUUGGGGGUAUUUUAUUAUUUUUCUGAUGUCUUGUUCUCAACUACAGUGUACUUUGUAUCAUCCCAGUUCUCUUUGUCCAGUGCCCCCUUCUCUUACAGUUAUACUCUCAAGUCUGGUAACCAAAGUAUAACAGACAAGUUCAUAUUUAAUAUCUUUUUUUUUUCUGUAUUAAUGCUAUCCUCAGUUAUAUCUUCCUUUCUGGAAACUCAUACUCCUUCAAGUCCUUUUGUAUGUGUUACCUGGAGUUAAUGUGAAUGGACAAGCUUGAGUGAACUCUGAUGUGUGAAUAAUUUAGGAUUAUCAAAUGCAAAGGUACAUUUGUGCAAAAACAGUGCUGUAGCUGUGGCAUUCUGCCUCCUGUAGUCACCUCAGGCUGGGUGGCUAGAUUUCAGGUUCCAGCUUCAGUGCUGUGAUGCACCAGGGGGCGGGAGUAAUUUGGAUGGGUACUGGCUGAAAAGGUGAAGAUUUUGAGUGACCAAGGUGAGGUGUCCAUUGAGAAGGAUGUGGCUGUGGAGCACUUUCUGAAACAUAAGCUGUGAUAAUCGGGCUAAAUGCCUGACAUGAUGCACCUUAACCUUGCCAGCCAUUUCUGAAAACAUUUGCUGGGGCAUCGUGUGCGGGGUGGAGAGGGCUAGGAGGAGGGCCCCCAGUGCCAGCACAAAACACUCUCAAGGUGAAUGAGAAGGAGUAAAGUGGCUGAUCCAACAAGUGCUUGGAAAUUGAGAAGUCAAGGCUGAAUGUCUUUGCAUGGGCUAUUCGGAGCAGUUUAACAGUAUAUUUUAUCAGUGUGCGUACAAGCUAUUUUUAUACAACAUGCUGUAUUUUGUGACUAAUAUUAAAGUUGUUCUUAUUUAAAAGAUUUUAUAUGUUGUGCCAAUGGAUGGAUUAUGAAAUGUAUUUUGCUUUGUUUUUAUUAAAAUAUUUUAAGUUAUGGAUUUAAC